UGUGCGCCUGUGCUGCUCAGAGCGGGUUUGCAGGGCUGCUGCCACCGCAGGAAAUGCUCCUUCCAGCCUUCCUAGGUGCGUGUUCUCCUGGCUCCUCCGUGUGGCACAGGUCUUCAUCUAACCUCCGUUAGAUCAGAUCCUGUCUGCUGGGACAGCUGCUGGCUGGAUCAAGCCGUCUGUGCUGGCUGAGCUGCCCUGGUGCUGCCAGGUGAGGCCGCGUGCACUGACUUCGCCAGGAUCUGGAGCUCACCGGUGUUGUUUGGUUUGUAGCAUAGAGGCACUAUGUACUCAGAAUGGAGAUCCUUGCAUCUUGUCAUUCAAAAUGAUCAGGGUAACACCAGUGUGCUUCACAGCUAUCCUGAAAGUGUGGGAAGAGAAGUGGCAAAUGCAGUGGUGCGUCCUCUUGGGCAGGCUCUGAUCACAUCGUCGGUUGGAAGUGAGAGUUUGCUGAAAACAGACAAAGAAGUAAAAUGGACAAUGGAGGUGGUUUGUUACGGACUGACCCUCCCUCUGGAUGGCGAUACCGUGAAAUACUGUGUCGAUGUAUAUACAGACUGGAUUAUGGCUCUUGUAUUACCUAAGGACUCAAUUCCUUUACCAGUUAUUAAGGAACCAAACCUUUAUGUUCAAAGCAUUCUCAAACAUCUCCAAAAUCUCUUUGUACCAAGGCCAGACCCAGGAUCUAGUCAGAUUAGGCUGUGCUUGCAAGUUUUGAAAGCAGUCCAGAAACUGGCUCGUGAAUCAACAAUUAUGGCAAGAGAAACCUGGGAGGUUUUGUUGUUAUUUCUUCUUCAGAUUAAUGAUACUCUUCUAGCAGCUCCAACUGUGCAAGGUGGCAUUGCUGAAAAUCUGGCUGAGAAGCUAAUCGGCGUGCUGUUUGAGGUGUGGUUACUGGCCUGUACACGGUGCUUUCCAACACCACCUUACUGGAAAACUGCCAAAGAGAUGGUGGCCAACUGGCGGCAUCACCCUGCAGUAGUGGAGCAAUGGAGCAAGGUCAUCUGUGCUCUUACCUCCAGAUUGCUGCGUUUUACAUAUGGACCUUCAUUUCCUCCCUUUAAAAUUCCUGAAGAAGAUGCUGGUCUGAUUCCUCCUGAAAUGGACAAUGAGUGCAUCGCACAAACUUGGUUUCGCUUUUUACACAUGCUGAGUAAUCCUGUGGAUUUGAGUAACCCAGCCAUUAUUAGUUCUACCCCCAAAUUUCAGGAGCAGUUUCUGAAUGUGAGUGGGAUGACUCAAGAGCUGAAUCAAUACCCCUGCCUUAAGCAUCUGCCUCAAAUAUUCUUCCGUGCCAUGCGUGGGAUCAGCUGCUUAGUGGAUGCUUUCCUAGGCAUUUCGCGACCCCGCUCAGACAGUGCACCGCCCACACCAGUAAAUAGGCUGAGCAUGCCCCAGAACACUGCUAUCAACACGACUCCACCCCACAACCGAAGGCAUCGGGCUGUGACUGUGAAUAAAGCAACAAUGAAAACCAGCACUGCAACCACUGCGCAUGCUUCCAAAGUGCAGCACCAACCAUCCUCUACUUCUCCGCUCUCUAGCCCAAACCAGACAAGUUCUGAGCCACGGCCACUGCCAGCUCCUCGCAGGCCAAAGGUUAACAGCAUCUUGAACCUCUUUGGGUCGUGGUUAUUUGACGCAGCGUUUGUUCACUGUAAACUUCAUAAUGGAAUAAACAGAGACAGCAGCAUGACUGCUAUAGCAACUCAAGCUAGUGUGGAGUUUCGCCGGAAAGGAUCCCAAAUGUCCACAGAUACAAUGGCUUCCAAUCCUUUGUUUGAUGCCAGUGAAUUCCCAGACAACUAUGAAGCAGGAAGGGCAGAGGCAUGCGGGACACUGUGUAGGAUAUUUUGUAGCAAGAAGACUGGGGAGGAAAUAUUACCAGCUUACUUAUCCCGAUUUUACAUGCUUUUAAUUCAGGGUUUGCAGAUAGCAGAUUUCGUUUGCCACCCCGUUCUUGCCAGCGUUAUUCUGAACUCCCCUCCUUUGUUCUGCUGUGACCUGAAAGGAAUUGAUGUCGUGGUUCCAUAUUUCAUUUCGGCUCUUGAAACUAUUUUGCCCGACAGAGAACUCUCAAAGUUUAAAAUCUAUGUAAACCCCACAGAGCUAAGAAGAGCUUCAAUUAACAUCUUACUGUCUUUAUUGCCUCUCCCUCAUCAUUUUGGAACCAUAAAAUCGGAGGUUGUCCUGGAAGGGAAAUUCAGCAACGAUGACAGCUCAACGUAUGAUAAACCAGUAACCUUCCUUUCCUUGAAGCUGAGGCUUGUGAAUAUACUUAUAGGAGCUUUGCAAACUGAAACAGAUCCCAACAACACUCAGAUGAUACUAGGUGCAAUGUUGAAUAUUGUUCAAGACUCAGCACUGUUAGAAGCCAUUGGCUGCCAAAUGGAAACGAAUGGUGGUGAAAAUAACCUCUUCAAAAGCCACAGUCGUACUAACAGUGGCAUUAGUACUGCAAGUGGAGGCAGUAUGGAGCCUACAACACCAGAUAGUGAACGACCAGCACAAGCCCUUCUAAGGGAUUAUGCUCUUAAUACAGAUACGGCUGCAGGACUUCUGAUACGCAGCAUUCACCUGGUAACCCAAAGGCUCAACUCGCAGUGGAGGCAGGACAUGAGCAUCUCACUGGCUGCGUUGGAACUUCUCUCUGGAUUGGCAAAGGUGAAAGUGCUUGUUGAUUCCUCUGAUCAAAAGAGAGCAAUUAGUUCUGUAUGCAGCUACAUAGUGUUCCAGUGCAGCCGACCAGCCCCGCUCCACUCCCGUGACCUUCACUCUGUGAUUGUUGCAGCUUUCCAGUGCCUCUGUGUCUGGCUCACUGAGCAUCCUGACAUGCUGGAUGAGAAGGAUUGUUUAAAGGAGGUACUGGAGAUUGUGGAGCUGGGUAUUUCAGGAAGUAAAUCCAAGAGCAGUGAACAAGAGGUGAAGUACAAAGGAGAUAAGGAGCCAAACCCUGCAUCCAUGAGAGUGAAGGAUGCUGCAGAAGCUACGUUAACGUGUAUUAUGCAGUUACUUGGAGCAUUCCCUUCUCCCAGUGGCCCUGCUUCCCCUUGCAGCUUAGUGAAUGAAACCACAUUAAUUAAAUAUUCUCGCCUACCCACCAUCAACAAGCAUAGUUUCCGUUACUUUGUUUUGGAUAACAGUGUCAUCCUGGCAAUGUUGGAGCAGCCUCUAGGGAACGAACAAAAUGACUCCUUCCCCUCUGUCACAGUUUUGAUCCGUGGGACGUCUGGAAGAUUUGCAUGGGCCCAGCAACUCUGUCUUUUACCAAGAGGAGCUAAAGCAAAUCAAAAGACUUUUGUACCAGAACCUCGACCAGCUCCUAAAAAUGAUGUUGGAUUGAAAUACAGUGUGAAGCACCGGCCUUUUCCUGAAGAAGUGGACAAGAUCCCAUUUGUGAAAGCAGACUUAAGCAUUCCUGAUUUACAUGAAAUUGUGAAUGAGGAGCUCGAAGAGCGACAUGAGAAGCUGAGAAAUGGCAUGGCCCAGCAGAUUAUUUUUGAGACUUCCAUAGAUCAGAAAAGUGAGGACGAGUGGCGUAAGAAGAGCUUUCCUGAUCCAAUCACAGAGUGUAAGCCCCCACCGCCGGCACAGGAGUUCCAGACAGCACGCCUGUUCCUCUCCCACUUUGGGUUUCUGUCGCUAGAGGCAUUGAAGGAGCCUGCUAACAGUCGUCUACCUCCUCACCUGAUUGCACUUGACUCUACUCUGCCUGGAUUUUUUGAUGACCUCGGGUACUUGGAUUUACUGCCUUGUCGUCCUUUUGAUACUGUUUUCAUUUUCUACAUGAAGGCGGGCCAGAAGACAAGCCAGGAGAUCCUGAAGAACAUGGAGUCUUCCAGAAUUGUUCAGCCACACUUCCUGGAGUUCUUGCUGUCCCUUGGCUGGUCUGUCGAUGUGGGGAAGCACCCUGGGUGGACCGGGCACGUCUCCACGAGUUGGUCCAUCAACAGCUGCAGCGAUGAAGAGGGACCUGAACAAGAUGAUGUAAUAAUUUCAGAAGAUGUUGGAGCAAGUAUCUUCAAUGGGCAGAAGAAGGUGCUGUAUUAUGCAGAUGCCCUGACAGAAAUAGCUUUUGUUGUCCCAUCACCAGUGGAGUCCCUAACUGAUUCAUUGGAAAGCAAUGUCUCUGAUCAAGAAAGUGACUCUAACAUGGACCUGCUGCCGGGAAUAUUAAAACAGCCAUCCUUGACACUUGAACUCUUCCCCAAUCACACAGACAAUCUUAAUCCCUCUCAGCGGCUCAGCCCGACUUCCAGAUCCAAGAGGGUGCCUCAGGGCCGGACCAUUCCACCAAUGGGACCUGAAACCAAAGUGUACGUGGUCUGGGUUGAACGUUAUGAUGAUAUAGAAAAUUUUCCCCUCCCUGAUCUGGUGUCUGAGACCAGCACUGGUGUAGAAACUACAGCCAACAGCAGCACUUCCCUAAGAUCUACCAUUCCUGAGAAAGAAGUUCCUGUGAUCUUCAUCCAUCCUUUAAACACCGGCUUAUUCAGGAUAAAACUGCAAGGAGCGACUGGGAAAUUCAACAUGGUUAUCCCGUUGGUGGAUGGGAUGAUAGUCAGUCGGAGAGCUCUUGGUUUUUUAGUGAGGCAAACAGUAAUAAAUAUUUGUCGGAGAAAGAGGCUGGAAAGUGAUUCAUACAACCCCCCCCACGUCCGCCGAAAACAGAAAAUUGCAGACAUUGUCAAUAAGUACCGCAACAGGCAGCUGGAGCCUGAGUUUUAUACCUCGCUUUUCCAGGAGGUUGGGCUCAAGAACUGCAACCCGUAGGCCAUUAUCCUCCCCGGACAAUUAGAUCAGAGCUUGGUGGCUACAGUAAUGAAAACAGUUAAAUAACAACAAAUUUCCUCAGCCCUCCGGAAUUCAGGAAACCGUAUUUUAGCACAAGUCAGCAGAUACCGUGUGGGAGGAAUGAGAAGCGAAUCCCAAACAUUGCAGUUGGGAUACUGACUCAAUUCACCUACCCUCAAAAGAUUACUUAAUUCCAGUCUUCCUGGAUGCUCGCAACAUAAUCUCUUCACGCAGCCAUCUAUUCCGGGCUAAUUGAGAACUGUGUCUCGUUCUGUGAGAAGAAAACAAUCAAAGCAAAACCAUCUCUGCGUUUAAGUAUGAAGAACACGAGGCAAACCAGCCUGCCUUCAGACAGCUCGCUGUGCCCACGCGCUGGAGGAGAGGUGUGGGAUCUCUCCUUGAGGAGGGAAUCUCUUUCUGAGCCUCGCUGUCCCCUCAAGAACUUCAGGAGAAGUUUCUGACCCCCUCAGCGUUCUGCAGGAGAUACGUCAUGCUUGAAACGCAUUUGUACGGCACAGGGAGGAAGGCUGCUCGGGAAUAUCAGGUCACCAAGGUGCUGUGUUUUUCAGUACCCCCCUGUGGGUCUGUGCACAGCAUUUCUGUCAUUCUGGGAACAAACUCAGCACGCGGAGGGGCCUGAUUUCAGACACACCGUCUUACCAGAUAAGAGAUCUUGGUUCUAUAGAAACAAGGUUAUGACUUUCAGGUCUGUUGCAAAAUGUCACAUUUAAUUUUAGUAGCUUGGUUUUUCUUUAUGCAGCUGAUUAUGUUGAAAUGUCUCUGUUGCUCAGUCGUCAUUUUCAUUAAAUGUGCAAACAUCUCCUGCUUUCCUUCUGCUGGGCUGAAAUCCGAGGUUCUGGGGCUGCCUCCUGCCUGACAUUUAUCGAAUACGCAGCUUUUGCAGCUUCUGCACUUUCCAGAAGCUCCUUUUACACAGACUAUGAAACAACUGGAACAGAGAAGUGGAGAACUCUUCUUUUGUCCAUUAGCUUGCCAUUCCAUGGAAAGUCCAUUUGGAGUUGUAACUUAAAGUUGUUUUGAGGUUACCGUGCUUUCUCGGCAGCAGUGAUUCCCCUUCCCCUCGGUCAGAAGCUUCUCCCUGUGCUGCCGGUGUCUCCCUGGCCCGGCUCAGGCACAGGGCUGGGUGGCUGCCUCACCCCACAGGGAGCAGAGCCGUGUGGAUUCGUUUCUCUGAGCGCCGGCAGCUUCCGUUCAAGUGCUGUGCUUCCUCUGUGGCUGCACUCCGGAGCUCAGAGCUGCCCCCAGGCCGUGCUGGGAAAAGAUGUUUACAACUGCACUUCAGUGCUGGGAAUAUGAAAGCUGCAGCGGGCACUGCCCUUCUUGGGAGUGCUUUCAGGCCCCCAGCACAGUCCUGUCUUGUGUGGCUGUAAUGAAUCAUCACUGAUGCUCCUGUGUAGGUGCAGCCUGCGAUGGCUGGCAGUGCCAGUAAGUAGGGAGUAGGGGAGCAUAAACGUAAGCAGGAAUUUAUGGAGCUCCUCAAGUUAUGACAAAGUCUUUCUGGGAAGCUUUUUAAUAUGCAUUGCAAUAAUGCCUGAGUCACUUAACUUUGAUGUUUCAGUUACUUUUUGCAACAGUUCUAACCUGAAACAGUCUUACUUGUUUCAUUACAGUUUCCUUGCCAGGGAUGUGCCCUAAUCCCAUCUGCGUGUGGUCUUUCAGGGGGCUCACAUACAUCUCAAAAGAUGUGCAGGUCUCACCUGAGGGGAGCUGGGGGACAGGAGCGUGUGCUGCAGGGCAGGCACAGUGACCUCUCAGGAGGUUUUGAUCCAGAUGAAUCACAAAUGGAAAAACAAAACCACGUUGUGAAAUCACCGUACAGUGAGCAGAACAGCUGUGCUUCUGCACUGCCCUGGUUGUGAGGGGCAGCGCUGGGUCUGGUGGCAAAGCUGAGGUGGAGCGUGGCCUCGUGUCUGCUCAGCUCUUGCCAGUAUGCAUUUAAUGCACAGGCACUAAAUUUACCCACGUUGUGUGUGUACCUAUUGGAUCUACAUAACGGCCAAACACACUUUAGUCCACUGAUUUAAAGGCAUGACCAAUGCAUGUUGUAACAAAAAGAAACAUACGGAGCGAUCAAACGUUUGCACAUCUUCAGCAGCUUAAAACCCAUAUCCCACAGCUGUGAGUGUUACAUGCAAAACCAUUGGUUUGUAGCCCAGGGAGCUGCAGAAGCUGCUGCUUUCAGGUGCACGGUGCAGUCAGGAGCAGAACUGUGGCUGGGAGGAGCCCUGGGUGUCUCCUGAGUCAGAGAGCCAAAGGAACUGCCUGAAAUAUUGCAUUUUAAUGCUUGGCUGAGGAGUAGCACUUCGGUCUGUUCCUGCUUCCAUCCAAGGCAUGAGUGUGGGGCCCAGCUGAGCAGUGCCCACAGGGAGAGCAGGGCGAUGUGUCAGAAAUCUUGAAAGAAGAAAAGUUUUGCGUGUGCAGCCGGGGGUGAGCAGCAUUUAUAACUCCUUCUGAUCUGUAAGGUUCAACGUCACACGCAGUGUGAUCUGCCCCUCAGUUUGGGGUUUGCAGAGGUGAGCCUUGACGAAAGUCUGAGUGCAGCGCAGCAGUGCUGCGGCUCCAGAAGCGUGCUGUGCUGUCAGCCUUGGUUUGGGUGCAGGCUGCAGUGCCCAUGGCAGAGCUGUGCCCGUGCGCAGAGUGUGCUGAGGGUGUGGGUGUGGGUGAUGUGAGGAGCAGCACAGGAGCGAAGCCAGGCAGCAGAGCUGGUGGCUGCAGGUGGCCCAGGGUGGCUUCGGCUCUCCUCUCCCAGGGUCUGAGAGCAAAGCUGAGAUUGAUGUCAGUCGUGACGCUUCUGUUGAGACCCUGAGCUUCUGGGGCUCUGCGCCUCAAUCUGCCCUACUGAGUUGGCAGCUUCACAACUUGCAUGGCUGUUUUUUGUGUCCAUACCCAUCGGAGAGCAGAUGCCCACCAAGGGGCAGCGCAUCGCACCGAGCUGCAGCGCAAUCACAGAUGUGACACAACCAAACAGAAUUCCUCUAUUCACACAGUUACGCCUUUGGGUUCGUAAUUCUGCUCUAAAUGAUGGCAUCCUCUUAAUGGUGCAGAAGGGGGGGUGGCUGCCACCUUGUUAAAUGCAGCGCUGAAAUUGCAGAAAUGUUGGUACCUUAAUAAAGACUCAUGUAAAGAAACCAUCCUUAGUUAAAGGUACCUGGCAGAUGUAUGACACACAUGCAGCAAGCAGCGGGGGGGGGUGGUGUUGGGGGUCUGCAUGCCCGUGUUGGGGCAGCUCCACUGCAACAGAGCACAGCUGUGAGCAGUGACUGCGUGGCUGAGCGAAGCCUUUGAAGGAAGGCAGACAUCUUCCACGUGGAUGUUAGCAGGAGCAGUUUGAGGUAAGAAUGCCAGAUAUCAUGUGCUUCGAGUCAUACACACUCUGUAUGGAUCUCUGUAUGUUGCCAAGACAUGAUCUUUUUGUUUCUACUGUAUUUUUCUGUAAAUACCCCCAGCGCUAAGUUGUAAAGUAAAGGCAAAAUGUAAAUAUGAAGAUGUGAACUACGUUCCCUCGUCUCUAGUCCUUUAUCUCCUAUUUGUUUAGGGAAGGCACACGAAAGCUUGUUUGUAUUUAUGCCAAUUCUUUGUCCAGGAGAAACACAUCAAAUAUUGAAUGUAACACAAUUAGUCCAAUAAAUUUUAAAGAUUCUUAUCUAA